AUGAGCACAGCUUCCUUUUUAAACUUUAACAAUAUUUCGCUGGCUGACUCUCCUGAGGAUGAUGACAAUUGGACUGCAAGGUUUACCCAGCCUGGAUGGCAAACAGCCCUUUGGGCUAUCACUUAUUCUUUCAUAGUUACUGCAUCAAUUAUUGGCAAUGUGAUUGUCAGCUGGAUUAUUGUAGCACAAAGAAUGAGGACUGUUACCAAUUAUUUUAUUGUUAAUUUGGCUCUUUCUGAUCUACUUAUAGCUGCUUUCAAUACACUUUUCAAUUUUAUUUAUGCCAGCCUCAACGUCUGGUAUUUUGGCAAGGAAUUCUGCAGGUUUCAGAACUUUUUUCCUAUAACUGCAAUGUUUGUGAGUAUUUAUUCUAUGACUGCGAUUGCUGCUGACAGGUACAUGGCUAUAAUUUAUCCCUUUAAGCCCAAACUUUCUGCUGUGAGCACCAAAGUAAUGAAAGGAAUAAUAUGGUUGGUGGCUUUUGGACUUGCCUUCCCACAGUGCUUUUAUGCUGAGAUCAUGAUUGAUAAUGGAAUGACUAAAUGUAUUGUUGCCUGGCCAGAUGGUGUUGGACGGAAGCAUCAGCUCACGUAUCAAAUCAUAGUGAUUGCCUUGAUUUACCUGCUGCCUUUAAUAGUGAUGUUUGUCGCAUAUAGCAUUAUAGGAAUUACUCUUUGGAGUAGUACAGUCCCCGGAGACCACACUAAUAGGAUCUAUUAUCACUGUCAAGUUACUGCCAAAAAAAGAUUAGAAUUUGUGAGAACCAUAGUCAUUGUUGUGAUAACUUUUGCUGUCUGUUGGUUACCUUAUCACCUCUACUUCAUCCUGGGGAGCUUCAGGGAAGACAUCUAUCAGCAAAAGUAUAUUCAGCAAGUAUAUCUUGCAGUCUUUCUGCUUGCUAUGAGUUCUUCGAUGUACAAUCCAGUUAUUUACUGCUACCUUCACCAAAGGUUUCGUUCUGGCUUCAGAUUAGCUUUCCAAUGGCGCCCAUGUAUAAAAGCAACGGAGGGAGACAAACAAACUUAUUUACCCAUCAACUUCACAGCUGAUCUGCAACCAGCCAGCCAAACAAAGCUAAUUGAAAAACAGACACACUGAAAUGAGAAACAGAAGACAUCAUUAACCUGCAUGCAUUUAACACUUGGAUUUUUAUUUUGAUGCUCUGGAAUAUUGUUCAAAAUAUAGUCUCUAAAAGAUA